CUUACUUAUUUAAUUUAUAUAUUUUAGUCAUUGUGGUUCUAUGUGUCAAUCCUGUAGGAUAAGUUUGAUCCCCGGUGAAAGCUGGAUCCGCUCUUAAGCCCUGUGCACGAUGAGGAAUCUGGUUUACUAGUUUAACUGCUGGAUGACUGCUGAACUUGUCUCUUCUCUCUUCUGUAAAAUAAGAAUAUUCCACCAAGAUGUCCUUAAUAGUAGUUGCACAUGGGUAAAGCCCGAAAAGCGGGUCGAGACAGGAGCGGGAUUUACCUGCUUCAAAAAAAAAUCUUUUAAAACAUUCCCAAACUCGGCUCGCUUGUUCCGUUUUCCCAACUCCGUUUGCAGUACCAUUGAAGCUUCGUCGUAUCAAAGCAGCGCGCGACAGAAUCGUCGCGCGCGCAACUCCUCGAUCUGCGCGUGCGCCGGGGAUGGCGAGGCGAGCUUAUAAAGUGUGGUGGCGGCGCGCGGACCACUUUCAUUAUCAUCUCGAGGCCGCGGGGUUGACGCGGGCAAGUGGGACAUGGUGCUAUAGACGGUUCAAUACAAGUUUUUGUUAAGAUGCAGUGGUCGGCAUUGUGCGUGUUGGUGUUGGCAGCUGGCUGCGGCGGAGCGAAGCAGACGGACUCAGGAAUCUCUCAGUUCUGGACGGACGAUUACAAGGUGUUCGACCAAAUAUACGGGAAGACAUCGGACAAGGACAUCUACGGAGCGACUCUUCCGCCCAGCGUCAGCCAGGGAGUCGUCAAGCUGAAGGAAGAGGCUUCGGACAAGAAGGAACGGUUCGUGGAGAACCGUCCCGAGUACGACCUCGAUCACGUCGACCCUUACAGCUACGGCAAUCGCUUCCCUUCCGUCAUCACCAGCAACACCUUAAAGAAGCUCGUCAACAAGAAACCAAUCAAAACCUCUUCCAAGUUCAUACCUUUAGACUUCAAGCCAAGCAUAAUAAGUCAAGAAACUGAUCCUGAGACGUACAACUAUUUGAAACAUUUAGAGUUACUUCAAAAGCAAAAGGGACAAUUAACCAAUGUUGGAGGCUUCAAGCCAUAUCUGACUUAUUCUGGUCCAAAUCCUGAAGAUACCGAGGGUUUCAAAAGUAUUCAGGAUAUUUUAGAAGCUCACGAAGCAAAUAAGGGUAGGAAUAAGGAGAACGAUGAUGUCGAUGAUCAGGUGAAGUAUCUGACUUACGGAGGAUCUAAAGGGAGGAGUCAGAGUAAAAAGACAAAGCCUAGGCCUCCUGCCAGUAAAGGGAAGCCUGUGUGUGUAUCAGGGAGGUGCAGGAAGAGGGCCACCAACACGUACAGAGGGAGAACAUAUUUGACUAGACCGAUUUUGAGGAAGAUCAAACACAAGAUUAUCAGUUAUUAAUAUGUGGAAAUGAAGGUUUGUAGAGAUAGAGGCACGAUUGCGGGAGCGAGAAUUGGUGUAAAACUGAGGUAUGAAAACGCAAAUAUUAAGUAAUGUUCCCGGCUCUCAUUGCCACUGCCUCUGAGUAAAAUAAUUUAUUUGUCGAUACCAAAAGGUGAUUAGGAUAUAAUAUAUAGGUAUUUUAAUAGGCUUUGUAAAAAUAAGCAACGCAAUAUUACAUUAACUCGUAAACGUGUUAUAAGUUUUAUCGGCUAAGCAUUUUAAAUAUUGGAUAAAUAUUUUGAAAACUUAUAAAGCGCCAGUACAA